AUGUUGGCGUGGCCGUUUUGUGUCGACAUGAACCGCGCCGAAGAGGUGCAGCUAUUUCGCAAGUCCAGGGAAGUGUCACUGAGGAGCAACGGCAGUGGAACAGGGACCGGAGGGGCGGGCGGGUCGCCCGUCGUCGACAGGGUCGCGUCCACCGAACUGAAGCAGCUGCAGCAACAGCAUCAGCAACGACCACGUGUUGGAUGUGCGGGCGGCGUUGGCGGGAUCGGUGGCGGUGGCGGUGGUGGCCAACCGGAAGUGGACUGUCGGCAGCAGCGGUUUGACGGCGGCAAGCAGGAAGCCGCACCGGACCAACAGGUCCGGCCGCCGCACCACCACAGGCGGAUGCCCAGGUUUGGCGAGGCGCACCACCGGCGGGUGCCCACGCCGCUCAAGAAGCGCCGGCAGCCGCGCGAGGACUUCACUGACCCGCCGACGCCGAGCAGUGAUGCCGACGACGCGGCCAUUGUCGAGGUGGUGACCGCCGGCGGCGAUGCCAAACCACCCGCGCCCCCCGGGGUCCCCGACCCAUAUUACCCCAUUUACCUGCCCAUCGACCAGGCGUUCAAGGCCAAGUACGUGUUCCACCAGCGGAAGGGCAAGACGUUCCAGGAGAAGGUCUACGUGUUCCUCGAACACCCGUGCGGAUGGAUCUGUUUCAUUUACCACUUCGCUGUGUAA